AGAACCAACCAAAACCCAAGAAAGCAAGAAUGCUAUCAUCAUCCUCAACACAACCACCAACCGAGUACAUCGAACAACUAACAAACCAACUACUCAACAAACAACAGAACAACAACAACAACAACACCAACAUCAUCAUCCUACACUCAGACCCACAUCACCUAUCCUACCUCACCAGACAAUUCAACACACUACUACAACUCAACCAAGCAUCAGAACCCAAACAGCCAUCCUCCAUCAAAGCCUACCAACCAACAGAAUGGAUGAUCGGAGUCAUCCAACAGAAAACUCAACAGAACCCCAACCCACUCCUCAGCACACUAGGAAGCUAUACAGCAUGGACUAUCCAACGACCCAAGAUACUCACCAACCUACUCCUCUCACCAUUCCAACAGCAACAACAGCAACCAAAAAAUUGGACAACCGAACAACAGCUCAAGUAUCUCUACUCUACCUUCACAAAACUCAACUCACUCCAACUCACUCCCGCCUCAUCACCAUCAAACUCGAUCAGCAGCACACCCACAACAGACAUCGAACCCAUGCAGCUCCUAGAAGGACUCGUCGAACUCCCCGGACAAUCAACCGUCCCACUCUGCUCAUUCAAGAGUCUCUGGUCGAUCUACAUCGACAGACUCGACCCAAGAAUCUUCUCGGGCUGGGCUCGACUCUCUCAGAACCUCCGUCGACUCGAGAUCAGCAGGAGUGGGAUACUCGACUUUGAAGACUUCCUCAUCGAUACCAUCUUACUCGACUCACAGCAAAAUCAUCAUCAUCAUCAUCAUCAUCUUGAGUCUGCUCAACAAGACCUCAAAUCAGACCAGUCUAAUCGACAAGAUCCCAAGCCAUCACAGCAAGAAGAACGCUCUGAACAGGAAACCCAACAAGCCAAAGAUGUGCAAGAAGCUGAACGAACCACUGAACGGGAAGCCGAAGAAAAACCUACAGAGCAACAAGCAGGAAAACAGCGAGAUGGAGAAGAACACCAAGCGCCACAAUCUCUCCCAUCAAACUUCCCUGCGUUUGCAUGGUGCUUUCUACAACAUCUCAGUCUGGCCCACAAUUCACUAACCUUCCUCUCCACCCGAGCCCUCCUAGCCUUGAAAUCACUGGUCUCAUUGGACUUAUCCUCUAACCUGCUCAUCGCCGUCCCAACUGGAUUAGGACAUCUCCCCAGAUUGAAAUCCUUAAAUCUCUCCAACAACAUGAUCGACUCUCUCCUGGGCAUCCAUCUCAGCCUUGGCAGUAUCACGAGUCUUAAUCUGUCACGGAAUCGCCUUUCAUCUAUCUGUGGACUAGAACGAUUAACCACCCUAGAACGACUAGACGUUCGACAGAACCAGAUCCAGGACAUUGGUGAACUGUCGCGGCUAGCGACGUUACCAGGCCUGACGAGUCUAUGGGCGUCCAUGAACCCGUUCACGAUAGUCCAUCAACAGCAACAGGAAUGGCGGGUGCGAAUCUUCGAGUAUUUCGCACGAGAGGAUCGGGAGAUCGAUCGGAAAGCACCGGGUUUGGUGGCGCUACAAUUAGAGAACCAAGGGCCGAGUUAUCUGGAGACCAAGGCGAUCCGAGGCCCGGUUCGUCGACGAUCCCCCACCCUGGAGCGGCCGAUCCUGGUCGACCAGAAGCCGCUGAUCGUCCGUCGAACGCCCGACCACCGACACUCGUCCCGCUCGAACAGCAGUCUCUACUCGCCGCGUGCCCGCUCGUCGGAGCAAGAAGAAGAAGAAGGGUGUCCCAGUCCCCGCCUCAGCCUCCCCGACCCCGCCCACCAUCAUCCGCCUUCGAUCACCCCCUCCACCUCCUCCUCGCUCAGUCCCUCUACCACUAAAGUGCUCCCCAAGAAGAAACCGACAUCUCGUAAGAAACCCGCACGGAUCGUCGACUUUCAGUCUUCCUCACCCACCCCCGAUCUACCCUCCCGGCUCACAGUCGACCGUCUAUCCCCGUCCCGGACCUGCUCUAAUCCGUGUCUUCCUGUCCCUUCUUCAUCAUCAUCAUCAUCCACAUCAUCGCCCCAUCAUCCCACCCACUCAUCCGGCCCCAAAUCGGCCAUCCCCUCCUCUUCGACCACUCUCCCUAUCCCCGCCUCCACCCUCCUCUCCCCACACGGCUCUUCUUUCUCCUCCUCUUCCCCCUCCUCCUCGUCUGUUACCACCACCAAUCUCAAGGAUUCGGGUAAGGGAGAGAAGAAUAGUCAUCAUGAUAAUCGGUUCCGGAAGAGGAUCGAGAUGCUCAAACACGAACUCGGCGAGGAUCGCUGGUUGCGCGUCCUGGGCGAAUCCGAGUUCGGCUCUCUUCCUCCGACUCCCUCUAACUCCCACUCCCAUUCUUCUACCCAUCACUCUUGAAUUGUUUCUAUAUAUUAAUAUUUAUAUAUGUUUCGAUCGGGGCUCCGUUUGUACUCCGUUUACACACAUCUCAUCCAUUCUGCUCUCUCCUCUUCUCUUGAAUUGCUGUCAUCCCGCACUGUCGUUGUUUGGUGAUACCGGAUCUUCGCUCGUGCUCUCUCUCUUUUUCGUCUUUCUUAAAUCAUCAUCUACUUCCCGUUGUUCUUCAUCAUCAUUCUCCUCUCUCUCUUUCUCUCUCUUUCUCCCUAUCACUCAAGCACAGACACACACACACACAAACAUCUCCACUCUUCCCUUGUUUUUUGUUUUUUUUUGGAAAAGGGGCAUUGUAAUUUGUAUACUUUUGUCAGGAUACUAUUGAGACACAUCUGGAUUUCCUCAAUCUCUUUCUUGUUAAUUGUUUUUUUUUUCGUUAGUUUAUUUGGUCUCAUGGUGUACAUAGAUAUCUUUCUAAUAUAUGUACCAAUAAAAGUCGUUCAUAUUUAACUUAUACAUAGCACCAUCAGGGUUACAUACACAUAUUCUUAACCUCACUCUACAUGUUGACCUUUUUUUUUCUCUUUUGCGUGAGAGGAAAUUGUGCAAACAAAAUGGUUG